AUGUCUUCCUCGCCCUCUCUUCGGAAGAGGGGCGGCAAGAAGGAGGACUCUCCGGCAACCUUCGACCACUCUUUUGCUCCUUCGUCCUCUCAAUUGAGGGCAGCGCCGCCUCGCUCGUCAGAAUGGGACUAUCGGCUGGCCAUUACCAUUCUGACCGUGCUGGCUUUCAUCACUCGAUUCUACAAGAUUUCCUACCCCGACCAGGUUGUUUUUGACGAGGUGCAUUUUGGAAAGUUCGCUUCCUACUAUCUACGACGUACCUACUUUUUCGACGUUCACCCCCCGUUUGCCAAACUCCUGCUCGCAUUUACCGGGUGGUUGGUCGGCUAUGACGGCCACUAUCUGUUCGAAAACAUUGGCGAAUCGUACAUUGAUAACAAGGUCCCUUAUGUUGCUCUCCGCGCCAUGCCCGCCAUUCUCGGCGCCCUCACAAUCCCCGUGGUGUUUCUGAUUAUGUGGGAGUCUGGAUACUCGCUUCCGGCCUGUGUCCUAGCUUCGGGGCUUGUCCUGUUUGAUAACGCCCACAUUGGCGAAGACCGACUGAUCCUGUUGGACUCCACUCUAGUCAUCACGAUGGCUCUGAGUAUCCUGUGCUACGUUCGGUUCUACAAACUGCGCCAUGAGGCCUUCGGACGGAAAUGGUGGAAGUGGCUUCUUCUGACUGGUGUCUCGCUGAGCUGCGUUAUUUCAACCAAGUACGUCGGUGUCUUCACUUUCGUCACCAUCGGUGCGGCUGUGUUGGUUGACCUGUGGAACUUGCUGGACAUCCGACGACCCGGCGGCGCUCUUAGUAUGGUCGAAUGGAGCAAGCACUUUGCAGCCCGCUUCGUCUCCCUCGUCGUUAUUCCAUUCUUCUUCUAUCUAUUCUGGUUCCAGGUCCACUUCGCCAUUCUCACACACUCUGGCCCUGGUGAUGAUUUCAUGACACCUGCUUUCCAGGAAACGCUGAGUGACAAUGCCUUGUCUGCGCAAUCUGUUAGUAUUGAAUACUUUGACACGAUUUCCAUGCGACACAAAGAUACGAAGGUUUUCUUACACAGUCACCCGGACACGUACCCACUGCGCUACGACGAUGGACGUAUCUCCAGCCAGGGCCAGCAAGUGACUGGGUACCCUUACAAUGAUACCAACAACCACUGGCAAAUCAUCCCCACUGUUCCGUUGGAUGCAAGUGACGAGAAGAGCAAGAAGGUACGCAAUGGCGAUGUUGUCCAACUUCGUCACGUGGCUACCGAUACCAUUCUCCUCACUCACGACGUCGCAUCGCCUUAUUACCCUACGAACCAAGAGUUCACCACCGUUUCUCACGAGCUCGCCGAUGACAAGAGACAUAACGACACGCUAUUCGAAAUUAAGGUUGAACAUGGCAAGUCUAAACAGGAAUUCAGGACACUUGCUAGCCAAUUUAAAUUGGUCCAUGUGCCAACCAAGGUCGCUAUGUGGACUCACACAUCUCCGUUGCCUGAUUGGGGUUUCAAGCAAGCCGAGAUCAACGGCAAUAAGAAUGUUCUUCAAGGCAGCAACAUCUGGUUUGUGGAGACUGUUGAGUCCUUGGAAGAGGAUAGUCCCCGCCUCAAUAAGGAAGAGCGCAAGGUUAAGCAUAUGCCCUUCUGGAGGAAGUACAUUGAACUGCAGCGAGCUAUGUUUUUCCACAACAAUGCGCUGACUAGCAGCCACCCCUACGCGAGCGAGCCGUUCCAAUGGCCGUUCCUUCUGCGUGGUGUCAGCUUCUGGACCAAGAACGACACUCGCGAGCAGAUCUAUUUCCUCGGCAAUCCAGUUGGAUGGUGGAUUUCUAGCAGUCUUCUAGCUGUGUUUGCCGGCGUUAUUGGUGCUGAUCAGCUUUCACUUCGUCGUGGAGUGGAUGCUGUUGAAGAGAUUUGGGGCACCGGCUCUCGUUCGCGCCUAUAUAACAGCACCGGUUUCUUGUUUUUGUGCUGGGCCGCCCAUUAUUUCCCCUUCUGGUUGAUGGGUCGCCAACGUUUCCUGCAUCAUUAUCUGCCCGCGCAUGUUGCAUCGGCUCUUGUGACAGGCGCGCUGAUUGAAUUCAUUUUCAACAUCCAGCCGAUUUCGGUACCGGCGACAGUACCAAUAGCUGCAGACGACCCGACGGGCAAGGCGAAGAUCAGGCGUUUCGUCACUGCGAGAGAGCGCAUGGGCUUGAAUUCCGUCCUUGCCGGUUGGAUUGCGACCUUGACGAUUUUGGCCGCUACCAUCUGGGGAUUCUGGUUCUUCGCACCCUUGACCUACGGAACUCCCGGUCUAGAUGUGGCCGGAGUGAACGCACGUAAAUGGCUUGGCUAUGACUUGCACUUUGCGAAAUAG